CCUCCGCCCUUCCUCCGCCAGCCGCGUCCUCCCGGGCUCGGGGAGGAACUGUUCCUGGAGGAGCCGCGGGACUCCAAAAGCAGCCAAUGAGAGGCGGCGCGACGCGGAGAUUGGCACGAAGGAUGGGAAGUGUCAGGGUGGAGCCAAGAGGCGGCGGAAAGGUGGAACAUUUAGAGGUUCAAGGAUUAACCAGAAAGAAGUGGAGGAGGGAUGGAAGCUUCUUUCUGUUUUGAAAAGACCCCAGAGCCAACAUCAAGAUUUCACCAGUUUCCGUCACCUGCUGUGUCCAGACCCUCACUGUUCGGUGUGUAACAGAGUGGCUGCCAAAGUCAGUCGACUGCUGUCGCUGGGGAACCUGCUAGAUGAUACUUCCUCUGUGUAUUAUAUGGCUUCCUCAGCUUCUGUGAUUAAGACCUCAUUCACUGUGACAUCUGGCCACUCAAAAACUCAUCCAAGAGGCCAAAAAUCAGCCUCUUUGCGUGUGCCAUCUCCGCCUCCCCCUUCUACUGUCUCACUUAACCAUGUUGCUUCUUUACCUGAUUUACUGUCCCCUGAUCCACCAGCUGACUCAGUACCAUCAGAGCCUAUUCCUCCCUUGGCUUCAAAACUCCCAGUGGACCCUUUCCCACCCCAACCUGUUGCUCUUUGCCCUCCCACACCACAUCAAUCUCAGAGAUCAGAUCAUGAUCUCCAUCCAGAGAUUGCUCUGUCUGUAAUGAAUAGCCCUGAUGGGUUGUCAACUGAUGCUCCAACAGUCAGUGAAAUUGACCAUUCAAUGCCAGAAUCAUCCUGGCAGCAGGCCCAUGUCAAGGAUGCCAAAGACUUGUCCUCUUCCAACAUAGAACAAGAUAGUAUAAAGCAUGAGCUUCUUGAUGGCCAGUCUUCUGAGACCUCUUGCACAGAAUGUACAUCCAACUUUGUAGAACCCACUAACUGCUUGUUACUCAGCCAUGACAAUCUGGUACUCUUGGAGAAACAAGUAAAAAAGAAGGGUGACUUCCUGAUCCAAAAGGAAAGGGAAAAUAAAAUGGAACCAUUUCUAAAACAACUAGGUUCAGCAAACAGCAAAGGCAAACCAGAGGAGCUGCAGAUGAACCAGCAAUACUUUUGGGGUCUUCCAUCUUUGCACAGUGAGUCCCUGUGCUCAAUUAUCUGUCAUUCAGAUGACUGUCCCUCUACUUUGGUCAUCUUUAAUGGAAUCUCCAAAGCUUCCACAUCUCAAGGAUCUUUAGGACUUUCCAAUUCCCAACCUCUGAUCUUUCCUGAGAUCCAAACUCAACCCUCAACUAAAACUGUCUCCCAAUCACAGUCACAACAUGCUACUCCGGCCCAGUCUCAGUCCAACCUUCAAUCUCCAAUCCCAAUGCUUCCAACAUCUCCCGAUUUCCAGCUUAGGAUCUGUGGAGUGUGCUUCCAUAGACCCCAUAAUGAGGCACAGUGUCUCAUGCAAUCUGAACUUCAUCAGCUAGAAUACAAUGUGCUACAGAAAGAACAGGAACGUUUGUGGGGUUUACCCUCUAUGGUCCAAACAUCUCGGGAAUACCUUUGUCCUCCCCCUCCCAAUGUUUCAUUGGUGAGCCAGUCCUCCAAAAUCCAUGUUCCAAUCUCCAUCAUUCCUGGAGAUUACCCUCUGAGCAGCGAGCUUCGUAAGAAAUUUGAAUACCACCUUAGAAAGAGACUCAUUCAACACCGAUGGGGCCUACCCCGCAGGGUCCAUGAGUCUCUGACACUGAUUAAUCCUGAGAGAGAUGUUCCUGAAAUAUAUGCAUCAAAGAGUUUUCACAGACUCAAAUGGAUAUCUUUGUUGAAGGAACAGAGUAGCAAAAAUUUAAGGAAUUCUGAAUCGAGCCAACUUCCAAUCUCCGAUGAGACAAGCUCAGAAGAGUUUCAGUCAGAUGACAAAGAGAAGGACCAUCAGAGACACAGCCCAAAGAAUGGCCCUAGUGAUCAUCUAUUGAGUGACCCAGAAGGAUACUCAGAUAACAGUUUAGGGUCUGACUCUGAUAAAGAUCAAGGAAGUCAUACAGUGAGUCUGUAUGAAAAUGAUUCAAGGGCCUCAGGGAUAAAUAUAAUAAAUCAGAAAGAACUAGAAAAUGCACUCAAAGAACAUUUAAAUAAGAAAAUUGAAGAAAUAAAUGAGGGUAGACUUCCUGAGACUGUUCAUAGUUCAUGGCAUGCCCUUAAGCAGACAAUAUCUUUUGCUGAGAAAUCUCACAGUGAAAAACAGAUAGAUGGGGCAUCAUCUGUGAGAAACUUUAGCUUGAACACUUCCCAGGAGAUUUAUUUCUUGGCUUCUGGCAAACAGAAGAUGCUGGAAGACCAUAUAAGCAGUUUCUACAUAAGGAUGAAGUGUGGCCUUCCCACCAGGGUCCUUGAAUCCAUACAGAUCUUCAGCAACAGAGAGGACUCACCUUCUUCCUUAGGCCAUUCCUAUCGUUCCUCCCAAGAUAGCCUUAGUUCUGGGAUGCAUUCCAAAGUUAUGGUAUCCAAGUCACUUGGUAGGAGCUCUACAGCUUUGUGUAGAGACAAAUUGAAGAUAAUAAAGUCAGCACCCAAUCUGGAUCAUCUCCUUCCUGCUGCAUCACUUGUAGGGAAGGGAGGACAGGGGGACCUGAGACCACUGUCCCCAGAGGAAAAACAGGAGCAUGCAAGUGUUCAGAUUAAGGAUGGCAGACAGACUUGUCUGUGCAUCGCAGAUAAAGAAAUUAGGAAACAGACCGGACCAGACAAUAGGCACAGCCCAGUGCUGGUGUCCACAAGUCAUGAUGGGACUGGACCUGAGCCAAAGGAUAAGAGAGUGAGUUCCAGCAACAAAGGAGAAAGGCUUCAGGCUCCCAAAGUAAAGACUUCAGAAUACUUCCCAAGGUUUAACAAGUCUAGAGAGAUAUUUAAGGCCAAGGAGCUCUUUGCUCUUCAAUCAAAAUCUGCCAAUGCCUUGACAACCAACAAGUCAGGGGACUCUGCAGCAGUAGAUGAGAAAACAAAGAAAGAAAAAACUACCCUGGCUACUGAAAUUCCUUCACCAACAUCAUUUUCCCAGGAUCCUAAACUAUCAGACUUUAGAAAGCACUUGCUGAGUGAAUUAAAGCUGAAAUUGGAGAACAGGGAUCAUAGCCCUGUUCAAGGCCAGUCCACGGAUACGGCUGUUGCCUCAGAUAACUUGAUUUCCAAAACCUUGCUGACUAGUGCCCAGGGUGUCUCCAAUGGGAACAUGGCAGGUUCUCAGGUAAUGCAUGUACAUUUGGACAACACACCAGUCAGCAUGGAACAGCAUCAGGAGCCCUGGGUCCCUAAGCCUAUCCUGCAGAAUUUCUGGGAUAAGAAUGUCCCACCAAAUUCAAAGCGACUGCAUCAUUUACGGCCCAAAACAGGAGAGCUUGGUGAAGGGGAUGCAGGGUUGGGGACACCACAACCCAGUAGGAAGAGCUGCCCUGGUCAAGACAGGGCAUUAAAGAAGAUGCUUGGAAGCAGAUCUUCCCCAACCUCAUCACUGAAGGAUAAGCCUCCUCCUGAAAAUCUGAUCCAAAAACAAAUAAAGAAAUUUUUGCAAUGGAUUUGUCCUGUCAGUACAAACAGAGGGCAAGAAAGUUUUCUUGGAAAGGGGACCUCCCCACCAUUAUCCGUGAAGAGCCAAAGCAAAGUUAAUAGUAGAGCUGCCUCUACUAGGAACACCAAAACUCUGCAAGUGAAGACAGACAUUGGCAAGGUGUUAGAUGUGAAACCAGGGAGUAGCCAUGGUGUCAGAAUCACCUGCCCCCAAGAAUCACGUUCCUCUCCGACAAAGCCUGUGAAAACUCUUAAGGCACAAUUACAGGCCCAGGCAGAUACUGUCCAGGGACAUUCUUUUAACUACAAAACUUCCUCCUGUAAAAUGAAUAAUGCAAAGUCCUAUAGCCAAGAAGCACCCUUGGCUGACCAAAAUUACCCAUCAAAGUAUACACUGACCAAAGACAGGGUGAGACAGCCCCAGAAAGUUGUGGCAUUCAAGGAUCAGCCACUAUCGCAGAGGCAUCCGGCAUCCAUGCCCAAUAAAGAGUUCCUGCCCCAUCCAAACCAUACCUGUAGGCGUCAAGCCAGCCAGGUGUCUCCAACCACACCUACAUUUUCUGAAGGCACUGUAUUGGGAGAUCUGUAUCUACUCUUCAGACAUAAAAUGCUCCUUCAGCAUUUCCAGGGAGGAAGAUUUCCUCCUCCCAAAUAGUUUAUCCCUUCUUGAACACACUGAUGUUCCCCAAUAAAUAUUCUAAUGAUUGUUUUCUUUUGAGUGUACUAUUUUGGAGACAUGGGAUUUAAGUAACAUAAGGUUUAUACUUAGGAAAAAUAAGGAAUUAGUUCAGCACUUACUCAUCAUCUCUUUUGGCUUCUAAAUGAUGACAGUGCACUGGAGCUCUAGGGGGAUAGUUAUCAAGUGCCCCUUAAGGCAUUUCCAUCCCUGGAGAAGUCUGAGUACAUGUGCUGUUUCUUAGUCUGUACAAUAUUGUUUGGCAGCCCAUAUCCUCUACUUCCAAUACAACUCCCUGCUAAUAGCCUGGAAAAGCAGUGGAGGAUGCUGUUUGGACCCUGCCAUCCAUGCAGG